AUGACUAUGGUGGGCACUCUAACUACUGGCAACACAGUCGGCCAGUUUGAUGGAAAAACUAUGCAAGAUUCUAGAAAAAUCUACUCUGCCAGGAGUGCACCGAAUGACAACUUCUUUAGCGAGCAUGACCAAGAUGAUGCAAGUGACGAAAUAGAUAAUGAGGGAGCCAGUUAUAGUGGUAGUGGUUACUAUGGUCACUCAGAUGAAUCAGAAGUUGCUGAGUUAACAAGGAAUGACACUACGGGGCAGCUUCCGCCACUGGACAGUUUUAUUUUCCCAGAUUCUAGAGCUCUGUUCUUAUUGGACUUGGCUAACUAUGCUGAUUUAACUUAUGAAGAGAUAACUAUACAUGGGUUUGAAAUAUAUAUAGUGGAACAAUGGGUUGCGUGCAGAAAUUUGUCAACAUUAAUUACAUCAUACACAGGGAACUCUCAAGAUACAAUAUCAGGAGUCAGGGUUGUUUUGCCAAAGGAAACGGGUAUAUGGCCUGGGAGAUUUAAACAGUACUUCGAGGAGUUGAUGGAGUUUGCCCGGCCGAAAUUUACACCAAAAGGCACUCUUUUCAUCACCAAUUUAUCUGGUGUGUCAUUUGGCCUGACCCUGUUGCAUGUGGAAUGUGGAGAUUUGAGAACGAUUUGGAAGGAUUUUGAGGUUAAUUUUGAUUUGAAAAACCUUCAUUGCGGUGGGAGAUCAGCAAAUCUUUUGUGUCCUCCAACUAUGGCAUCGCUUGACAAGUUUUCACAGCUGUUCAAAAUCCCCACGAACACUUUUAUAGCCCAACAUCCUCAAAUGAUUCAACAGCAGCAACCACGUUUGUCUGCGGAAGAAUACAAAUCGUUUGGUAGCCCCAAAAAUGGGAAUGUCGACAAUAGGUCCCCCGUUGUAGAGAUGGUGACAUUGAUUCAAAUAUCACUGAGUUACUUUAACUUUUUAUAUAAGAACUACCAAACAGACGGUCUUUUAUGCGAAGAUACCAAACGUGCUAUAGAUGAAUGGUGGGAGGCCUAUGGAAAAUUGUAUCUGGGUACCGAAAAACCGAAGAAUGAAUGCACUCUGGGUCCAACAACAGUAGCUGGCCUAAUUAGUUUGAUCCUUUGCUGCUAUUUCAAAUUGAUGAUCGAAAACUGUAUUUCUUCCAAGGACCCAUUUGAUGAAGUUGGGUUUUUUCAAGGUGUUUUCAAUUUCCAAAAGAAGCAUGGCCUGAAUAAACGGAAGUCUAGAGCUUAUUUAGACCCAAGAACAUUAGAGAAACUUUUUGAAGUGACAGCAAAAGUUUCUAGUAAAGACAUUUUCAAAUUAAAAAAAAUGGUAACUUCAACUGUACAAGAUAUUAUAGGGAAGGGCAAUCCCAUUAAUCUGUCGCACAAAAUUCUCACGACAGAACUGGAUGCACUUAUUCAUAAUAUUCAUGGAGGCUCUGUGGGGCUGUUAUGGAAAGGUAAGGGACACGCAAGGAAAAGCUGUAGUGAUAUAUCUAAUGAGGAGUUCUUAAAAUUCAACUAUCAAAAAGGUGAUCCUAAUAGGCAGAUAAGGGAAAGAGACUUACUACUAGAAAAAGUCCGUCUAGAAAAAAUCGCAUAUGCACAGAAGCAUGCUUCCAAGAAGAUGAGUUCUUCCAGUUUUAAUACAUCUGAGAGUAUAGAGGAGACCAAUGCCAUGCCCUCGUCAGCAACAGUGUCGUCGAUGUUCCCAAAUUAUGAUAAUACCAAAUAUGCUUACAAUUUUGGGAUCAACAAAUUGUAUCAAGGAGAGUAUUACCGGAGAAAUUCAUUUCCUUAUUGUAAAGAUUGGACGCACGACACUAUUUAUGAAGACCUCUCAAAGUUGAAAGAAAAGUCGUCUCGUUUAUACAGAUGCAAUUCUUUUUCCGCAGUGCAAAACAUUGUGGAGAAAUGGGAUUUACCGUUCGAUCCAUCUGUUGUUCGAAUAGCCAGAGAUUUGCUGCGAAUGAAAUACCAUAUCCAGGCGCAGCAACACAUACAAGAAAUGGAUGAGCAUUAUAUAGGCAAAUUGGAAAAAGAAGGGACAGUUGCUCAAUACUACAAAUUCACCGAAAGAUACAAAAAAUUACAAGAGUUGUAUAAAAAGUAUUCAGACAGUGCAAAAACAUUUGAGGGGAAAUUUGAAGACAUUGACAAUAAGCAACAACUUCUUCUUCAUGAAAUGCAAGAAUUGAAUUCACUAUCAUCAAGACUAAAAUAUGAUAUGAGGAUACUGGAAGUCCGCGUAAGAGAUAUUGAAAGUAGUGUUGCUCAAUUUGACUCCAAAUUGAUUGGAUUGAAAUGUUCUCUUCAAGGGCAGGGCAAAGCUGGUAUAUGCUCUGCAACGGAUCCUAAGAGUGACAAAGAUCAAUACGAUAAAUGUGUAAAUGAUCUAAUGACCAUUAGCAACCCCUCCUAUGAAGCGCUGUGUUUGAAGAUGUUAAGCCGUCGUUAUUUCAAGGAUUUGAAGGAUGAUACUAUGGAAUGGUUCAGGUGGCUAUUUGGCAAUAGUUCUCUGCCCAGUAAUGUGAAUGAUGAUGACAGAGGCAUCUAA